CAUCACUAAUCUUAGCAAUAGUAAACACCAAUAGACAAGGGUGUUGGUGAUGGCUGCAGUUACGGAUAUACCUGUGCACCUGCCGAAGCUACUGGCGCUGUUCAAGACGAUGGUGCCCAAGCUGGUGAACAACAAGCACAAGGGGCAGUACGGACGCAUCGGAGUGAUCGGCGGGUCCUUGGAGUACACCGGUGCCCCAUACUUUGCGGCCAUUUCCUCGAUAAGAGUGGGCGCUGACUUGGCGCAUGUGUUCUGCCACUCGAAUGCAUCGGCCAUUAUCAAGUCCUACAGUCCCGAUCUCAUCGUGCAUCCAGUUCUGGAUUGUGUGGAUGCAGUGGAGAGAAUUACGCCCUGGUUGGAGCGCCUUCACGUCAUUGUUAUUGGACCUGGACUGGGUCGGGAACCGAGCAUCCUGAAAACUGCAUCCAACAUACUUAAGCUGUGCAUGGACACCAAGAAACCAGUUGUCAUAGACGCCGAUGGACUUUUUCUGCUCAAUGAUAACUUGAACCUGAUCUGUGGACAGCGAAAUGUUUUGCUCACGCCAAAUGUCAUGGAAUUCCGGAGACUGUUUGGGGAGGAUUCCGAGGAGGCGCGCCAGAAAAUGUCCCUCCUGGGAGCUGGAGUAACUGUCCUGGAAAAGGGAGCCAAUGACAAGGUCUAUGUCCCCCACUGCAACGAAGUCCACUCAAUGCCCACCGGUGGUUCCGGUCGCAGGUGCGGUGGUCAAGGUGACCUUCUCUCCGGAUCUCUGGCCACCUUCUUCUCGUGGUCGCUGCAGUCGGACGAACCCAAUCCCGCCCUAGUAGCUGCAUGUGCCUCUAGUUACUUUGUCAAGAAGUUAAACGCGGCUGCUUUCCAAAAGUUUGGACGCAGCCUGCUGGCCAGUGACAUGGUCAAUGAAAUACCAGUCGUAUUUCAAGCCGAGUUCGAAAACAGCGAUCCUCAAUAGGAUUUCACCAGUGACUUAAACUCAGACUUUAAAGUUUAAUUUCAAAUGGGCGCCCAUUAACCGAAUUUUUAAUUAUCGCGGGACUUUAAUUUUCUUAUAAAAGGAAAUCUGUUUGUGUGGAUAGGAAUUUUAUGUGAAUUAUUAAAAACCAGAUUUUCUAAUUGCAUUUA